GGUUCCUUAAAUCAAAGAGUACAUUACCUUGACUUUUAUUACAUAAACAGGCAAUUAUAAGACCAGUAGUUGGUGUUUGGGGCACUACUAUGGGUUGAGACAGGAAGAAAAACAUGACAAGUAGAAUAUAUUCAAAGUACUGUGAUAACCUUUGAUUUCAGGUUAAGUGGUUUUCUUUGUUUUUGAUCUCUGUGAUCUUGUGUGAAUUUUCUGCUGAAUAGACGCAAUGCACAGACAAAAUCACAACAUGGAGACUAAACUAUGAACUACAAUCAUUUCAAAAUUUUCCACAUGUGGAUGAGCUGCAUGUUGCAUGGCCACCAUGUCAAUAACUUCUAAGCAGCCCAUUAGAAUUAUGGAUGGUCAUUGAUUUUAUGCAAAUGCAUGGCAAAAAUGUCUUUUCAUUUGCCUCAUGGUGAGUCCAGCAGCAUACUGAAUACAUGCACACACCGGUCACGGGAUUGAAUUAAACUGUUAUGACUCUGGUUGUACUAAAAAUGAGAAUGUUUUGUCUGCAGCACGGCCUCCUUUUUGUUGCUGAAACGAAUUUGAAGUGUGAGGUUCAGAGCUUCUAACAAGACAAACAGCUGCUGGCACCAGCUGUGUGGCACAAGUGGUCUCACCAUUUGGUGCUGUCCGUCUACAUGUAUCCUGCCAGGGUACAGACAAGUGAAAAAAAAACAAAGAAGCUUACUAAUGUUGCAUGCCUUGUUUGGAUAUUCAAGACUUUUUUAAGAAUAACAUAUGAUCUUUUCUGAUCACAAAAGGCCCUUUAGUUCUACAAGGAGUCAGUUUUAAAUCUGUCGGUUGCACAGAUUAUGGCACCUGUCCUUCAACUGGACAAUUUAAUACAGUUUGCUUUGGUUAAAAAACUAAAGACACUCAAGAAUAUAACAGAGAUAUUAAAUAAAAGCAUAAGUGUGACGAGAUUACGCAUAUUGCAGAUAUAAUGAUGUUUUGUAGUAAUUAUACAGUGAUUUGUGAGUAGGUGAAACAUCAAAGGGAAGCUUGUCAUUGUAUCUGUCCUCACCUCUGUCCUUUAUACAUGGGCGGCACACACAGAUGUCCAUGCGGGAGUUCCCUCUCCUUGUCAUGCCAUUCAUGGAGCGGCUGUUGUCAAUGGGGGAAUGGGCGACCAAAUAUGGAUAAGGGGUCGCGCUGCUUGGCCCAGUCUCACGAACACUUGUCGGAGUAUAAAUUGUCCCCUGCGUGACAUUUCGGCACACUCUGGUUUACACACUCAAGAUCCGGCCUGUGGUGCUGAUCUGGUGAGUACCCACACAGCUGACCGAACACACAGUGGAUUUAAUACCAGAGGAUGGAUACAGGAUUGCAACAUAAAUGACAGCGACUUCCACUUAACCAAACUAAAACGGAUCAUCUCAUUACGUCGACAAUCAGCUUAUUUUGUGGAUUACAGAUGGUGUGAAAUGCUAACAAAAAUAAUAACUUUCCAAUCCAUUGCCCAUAAUUCAAAACUAACAACAAUUCCCACAUUGUUUGUCCACUACAUGAGGACCACAUGUGUGUUGUUUGCUGUCUAUCUAUGAAGACAGGGCAAUCUAUUCAGUCGAAACAAACAUGAAAUUUCGUUACUGGAAUUAACCGUGCAGAUUCCCGCCUGUGUGUUGCAGAGCCGACACUAUGUGUGACGACGAAGAAACUACCGCCCUGGUGUGUGAUAAUGGCUCCGGCCUGGUGAAGGCUGGGUUCGCCGGCGAUGAUGCACCUCGCGCCGUGUUUCCUUCCAUCGUUGGUCGCCCACGUCACCAGGGCGUCAUGGUUGGUAUGGGCCAGAAGGACUCCUAUGUGGGCGACGAGGCACAGAGCAAAAGAGGCAUCCUGACCCUGAAAUACCCCAUCGAACACGGCAUCAUCACCAACUGGGACGACAUGGAGAAGAUCUGGCACCACACCUUUUACAACGAGCUGCGUGUAGCCCCAGAAGAGCAUCCCACUUUGCUGACAGAAGCCCCCCUCAACCCAAAGGCCAACAGGGAGAAGAUGACCCAGAUUAUGUUUGAGACUUUCAAUGUCCCCGCAAUGUAUGUGGCCAUCCAGGCCGUGCUGUCUCUCUACGCCUCUGGGCGCACCACAGGUAUUGUUCUGGACUCUGGCGAUGGUGUGACCCACAACGUGCCCAUCUACGAAGGUUACGCUCUUCCUCACGCCAUCAUGCGUCUGGACUUGGCCGGUCGUGACCUCACAGAUUACCUCAUGAAGAUCCUGACAGAGCGUGGAUAUUCUUUUGUUACAACCGCUGAGCGCGAAAUCGUGCGUGACAUCAAGGAGAAGCUGUGCUACGUCGCCCUGGACUUUGAGAAUGAAAUGGCCACCGCUGCCUCCUCCUCCUCCCUGGAGAAGAGCUACGAGUUGCCUGACGGCCAAGUCAUCACCAUCGGCAAUGAGCGUUUCCGCUGUCCAGAGACCCUCUUCCAGCCCUCAUUCAUUGGCAUGGAGUCUGCAGGCAUUCACGAAACCACAUACAACAGCAUCAUGAAGUGCGACAUUGACAUCCGAAAGGAUCUGUACGCCAACAACGUGAUGUCUGGCGGCACCACCAUGUACCCCGGUAUCGCUGACCGCAUGCAGAAGGAGAUCACGGCUCUGGCCCCCAGCACCAUGAAGAUUAAGAUUAUCGCCCCUCCUGAGAGGAAGUACUCCGUAUGGAUCGGCGGCUCCAUCCUCGCCUCUCUGUCCACCUUUCAGCAGAUGUGGAUCAGCAAGCAAGAGUAUGAUGAGGCUGGACCCUCCAUCGUCCACAGAAAGUGCUUCUAAGGGCCAAACUGCUCCCCCUCCUCCUCCUUCUUCCUCACUGUCUUCACCCUCUGUUGCCUCCUCCAGUCCGUGCCAACAAGCGAAGUUACGGCUCAGAAAGCAGCAAGUCAUGUGUUGUCGUCAAAUUCUUUGUUUACACAAGUGCAAUUUAUAUGUGGAUAUAAAUAGGUUUAUAAAUAAACAAGUGCCCGGCCUCUU